AUGGCGUACUCAGCGGUGGUAUACAGCCGAGUGGUUUCCGACGAUGGAACCAUUUCGGUCGCCAUACUGCAGCAGCAGUCUUUGGCGCGCCUGGAACUAUGUGGCGCACUUCUACUGAGUCAACUUCUGCAAUCCAUAAAAGCUGGACUAAUGAACAACGACGUAACGAUCUACGCAUGGAGUGAUUCGACGAUAGUCCUGUCAUGGUUAUCGUAUUUACCAGCCCAACUCAAGACGUUUGUUGGGAACCGCACUUCAGAAAUCCUCGAAACCAUUCCGAAGCAUGCAUGGCGGCAUGUAGACUCAAAAUCGAACCCAGCGGACUGCGCAUCACGUGACUUGGGAGUAUCCGAGCUCAUUGACUUCCAAUUAUGGUGGAAGGGUCCUUCAUGGCUGAGGGACAAGGAUCAAUUCUUGGUGAAAUUGAAUAAUACUCACAACUGUGCUUCUCUUUCAGACAAACGCAUACAAGGCGAAGUCAAAAGUAACUGCCUAGCUGCGCAGACGACUGUCACGACGGACAACCCAUGGGAUAAGCUUCUCAAUGGCAACUCAUCUUGGCUGAAGCUUAUACACACACUUGCUUACGUUUUGCGCUUCAUUCAUCGCAUGAAGCACCCAUCUUCGAAACAAACAUCGAAUUCUCUAACAUUCGAUGAGAUCAAGGCAGCAAGGAUUCGAUGGCUGCAACAUGCUCAAGCUGGUUUUCAAAAGGAGUUCCAGUUAUUACGCGCAAACAAGGCUUUAGGGAACCAAUCUCAAUUAGUCAAGCUCUCACCAAUCAUCGACAAGGACAAUCUGCUAAGAGUGGGUGGACGAAUUCAACAUUCACAGUUGUCAGCAGAGGCGAAGCAUCCUAGUUUGCUUCCAAUGAAUCAUCGGAUCACAUAUUUGAUCAUUGAACAUGAGCAUCGUUUUAAUUUGCAUCCUGGAGUCUCAUCUCUCUUCGUCAUUGUUCGACAAAGGUAUUGGAUUUUCGGCGCACGAAAUUUAAUACGCAAAAUCACACUCAACUGCCUGGCUUGCUUUCGGCAAAGGUACAACACAAUGCAUCAACGUAUGGCAGAUUUACCGAGCGUACGUAUCACGCAAGCACUUCCGUUCGUAAACACCGGAUGUGACUACGCAGGACCCAUUCUUCUAAAGGACGCAAAGCGAUCCAUCUUGAACUCGCCAUGGACCUAUCCACGGAAGCAUUUAUGGCGGCGUCGCAUGUACAGCGGCAAUGGUACAAAUUUCAUCGGAGCGAAGCGAUCCCUCGAUGAAAUGCAGCAACUCUUAAGUUCAUCUCAACACAAAGAUCAAAUCGUGAACACCCUUGCAGACGAAGGGAUUCAAUGGACAUUCAUCCCACCACGUGCUCCGCAUUGGGGAGGAAAAUGGGAAUCUGCAGUUCGAUGCGUAAAACUGCAUCUUCGACGAGUCAUUGGAAACACCACCCUGACAUUCGAACAAAUGCGCACCUUGCUUGCGCAAAUUAGUGCUGUCGUCAACUCACGACGUAUAUAUUACAUAUCAGAUACAGAUGACAGCUAUCUAUCACCAGCCCAUUUUCUUAUCGGAAGACCGUUCACAACAAUACCGGAGGCGGAUCUUGGCCACAUUCCUGUGGGCCGACUGGGAUACUGGCAGAGUAUCCAAUCUAUGUACCAGGGCUUCUGGAAGCAAUGGCACCAGGAGUAUUUGACAAGUCUACAGCAGCGUCCUAAGUGGACCACAACAACCCCUAACAUUUCGAUCGGUAGCGUUGUGCUCGUCAAGGAGUCCAACACACCACCAGCAUCAUGGCAACUAGCGAAGGUGAUCGACACGUUCCAAGGAAAGGACAAUAUGGUUCGCACAGUCAAGAUCAAGACGGCAGCAGGAGAAGUGACCCGGCCAAUAACGAAAAUUGCGAAACUACCCAGUUCAGAAACCGGGUUUCAGGGUGGCCCGGGUUGUUUAGGAACUAUCGAUACAUAG